AUGACUGAGUUCCCGACCAUCUUCCCAGGCUACUACAUCUCCUGCACCACCCACAUCCACGUCACCAUUCGGACCAACGACCUUAUCAACUCGGUCUACCAGCUUGCCCCCUACAAUGAUCACCUUUCGACUCCGAACCGUACCACCAGCUCCCAGGACUCGCUUUACUCCAGCGCCAAUGGAGACGGCUACUCUGCCGUAGUCUCUGUGUCUCAGCUGGGUGAUUCUCUCGCCGAUAGUCUUGUGGGAUACAUCACUAUUGGCGUCAACCGCUCUGCUACUUCUGUUGAGACCAAUGGUGGCCGUUCCAAUAUUGUUGGUGCUCUGCCUACUGUGACCCCGACCCCUGGUGCUCGGGCUGCUGCUUACGCCCUUGAUGCCUCUGAGGGCUACUUUGUAGAGUGCGAUUGUUAUUCAUAA